AAAGCGUGUGUACACUUUUAAAUUUGUUAAUAGGCCGGCAUAUUUCCUUGAUAAAACAUGUUAGACUAGUUCGUAUUCUGAAACAGGUUAAAUUGUAAUUGCAUUAGAAACUAUCGUGUACUUUUAUCAUCGAUUUAUUGAACUGCAUCGAUUUUUAUCCUAUUGAUUCCCACGAUUAAUUCACUGGCAAUUACUUCACGGGGAAUAGUGGACUGGAAUAAGAAGGGCUUCGUCGUUUUGGAAACCACGUGACGUCUGCUUCCAGUCAUUCAUACAUUGCCAGGUUUUAGCCUUCAUCUAUUUCUAAUUUUGGAGCCAGUGUCACAUGCCAGGUUGAAUAGCGAAACGAGAGUGUUUCCGUUCUCAGCAGAAGAGGGGGUGUUCAAUAAAAGAUAGUGAUAACAAGUUAUAGGAAUAAUGUUCUGAUAACUGUGUCGUGUUAUCUAGAUCUAUCUUUUUAAUUUCGUUACUUAUGAUUUCCUAUUGGAGUGAUAUCUUUCUUUUGAAGCAUGGACCAAUCAGAACACAUAAACAAAUACACGUGAUCACAACCAUUUCGAGGUAAAAAGAAAGAAGAACGUCGGUGGAAAAAAAAUAGAAGAAAUCCAAGAACCUUAUUAAAAAUUUCGAGAGUCCUCCCCUCUCUUCUACAUUAUUUAAAUUGAACGGAGCGCCCCCUAUACGUCUACCCCACCAUUCCCUCACCCCAGUGUUUCAAAGUGUAUGGAAAUAUCACUUCUUGUUUGAUUAACCUAAGAUGUGAAUACAAAUAUUGUAUUUAUCCCCUAGCACAGGCCACGGCAGACGUGGCUCGACUCCCGUACCUUAACUGACAGAUACUGUUCACUCCAGGAGGUGGAUCUUAACAUACUGAUAUCUGCAAGAAAGAUAGAUAAAGGAUUUAUCUAGGGAUUCGAAACGUAUUGAUCUUUGAGGAUUAAACCCAGAAAUGAUAUGUUAACUUUAAACAAGGAACAUUCUAAGGAUCGUGCACUAGAUUUCCAUACAUAUGUGCCUCAUGAUGUUUAGUUAUACAUUUUAAAUUCUAAUAAUAUUACUAGAGAAAAUAAAGGCUUUGAGAUCGAUGGAGUUGGAUAUUUUCAACAUUUAUUUAGCUUGAUUAUGAGUCGUGCUAUGGAGACAGUGCAGGUGGGGGAGAAGGAUGUCAUCCUGACCCAUGAGCUAAAGCGAGACCUGGUUAUGGAGCUGAAAAAGAGGAAUUUCAACUCCACUCCUUCUGAACAUCUCUGGGCAAUAGACGCCGGGAGAAAGCCCAAAGAGAUUUUGACUUCUAGCAGGAAGGGCGACGCUUGGAAAAGAAACAGUCUGGGGAAGCCAGAAGGAGGCUGGCCCUCUUUUCUCAAGUCGCCGUUCCUGAAUGGAGAAGGAGAAAAAAAGAACAAGAAUGAUAUACUCAACGGGAAUCUAAUCAUCAACCGGAGGGGAGAAAGUGUCAGCAGCUCCUCAACCAUCUCUCCCCCAGACAGUCCGGGGGAAUUGUCUUCCUCCAACCGCCGAAGCUUUACGCUGAUAUCAUCGUCAAGGCCUGGGUCAGGGUCAAGGUCGAGCAGGAUGUCGCCACGCUUGUCUUCCUCGACCUCCUCGCUGAAUCGGACGAAGAUGCCGGAAACUUCGGCGCCACCUUUGAUUCCACCCCCUAAGGGCUUUCUUCAAAGACAAGCGUCGUUGUCGUCGUCCACAUCGUCUCUGUCUUCGGAGAAACGGUUUUCUCUACCUCAGCAGCCCUCGCAGGCAGAGUUGCCUUCUCCCCCACCGCCGCUGGAGUCUUCAUUUCACUCAGACACCUCUUCCAUGAGCCAGACACUUCCUCCUCCCCCUCCACAGUACGAGGACACCCCAGCAGCGGCUGACGCAUCCUUCUCUUCAACAUCCUCAUCAUCAACAGAAGUUCCUUCACCAGCGAUGUCAAGAUCUUCCAAGUCCAGUUCUUCAACAUCCCACACCCCACACGCUCCAGCUUUUUCAACCCCACCCCCCUCCCCGCCCCCUCCUCCGCCUCCCCCAGGUCUUGACAUCUCAUUCUCUUCUUCCUCCACCAUUCCUCCACCCUCCGCCGACUCCCCCGCAGCCUCUGAUCUAGAAUCUUCUUCGCAUCUGCACGUUCCCCACGUGGACUCUCGAAAAAAUUCCAUGUCCCCUAGUGAGGUCCUCGGCAUUUUCGACCUUGCCUUGGAAGGUCAAGGCCUCUCCGUGAGCACUUACACUGACACUCCCAGCGAUUUCACCACAGAAACGUUUUCGCCAACUUUUAAAUUUUCAAGCAUCUCGGACGACCUCCUGAACAGCAACUACGAAGACCAGCCACUUGUUGAUCCUUUCAGCCCUGGUGUCAAUAGUGUAGCAGAUAAAGAAGACGCACCAAACGAGUCGAAUCAUCAAAUAAUAAAAGACGUGUCCACGCAUGUAUCUCAGCUUGAUCCAGUUUCGACUUCACAAAACACGGACAAAGAAACCAGCUUACUCACCGAGGCUGUCGCCGAGAGCCAAAUUUUGCGAAGAUACAGUUCCAGCGAGCAGCACAUACCUGUGGAGAUCAGCGAACUGUCACCCAUCUCAAGAGAAGCGCGCAAGAAACGGCCCCAGAGUUUUAUGGUCACCAAGCUGAGGCCCGACGUGAAGACGGUACGGCAGCAGAUUAAACCUGGCACGGUGGAAGACUUAGCCUCGUUAUUCACCAACAUGAAACACCACUACAUGACGUCACCAACCAAAGAAAAAGAAGAAAUCAACUUCGACAUUAAAGAGAAAAUUAAAGAAAUUAAAAGCUAUGAGCAGCCCAGUGAGAGCGGUUCACAGCCAACAAGUCCUAGAGAUCUGAUAACGACUAAUGAAGCUAGUCCCAGGAAGCAAAGCUGGCAGAGAAGCAGCUCAUCUUCUAGUAAUAGUGAAGAUGAAACUAAGACACUUGACAAGAGAAUAUCUGACAGUAGUAGAUCUUCUUCAGAACACAGCUUACAUUUAGAGAAAAAUUACGUAGAAAGAAAAUUGUCUGUUAGUAGCAGAUCUUCUUCAGAACAUAGCUUACAUUUAGAGAAAAAAGAGGAACAUCUGGAAAGAAAAUUAUCUGUCAGAAGCAGAUCAUCUUCAGAGCAUAGCUUACAUUUAGAGAAACAAGAGGAACAUCUGGAAAGAAAAUUAUCUGUUAGUAGCAGAUGUUCUUCAGAGCAUAGCUUACACUUAGAGAAAAAAGAGGAACACCUGGAAAGAAAAUUAUCUGUUAGUAGCAGAUCAUCUUCAGAGCAUAGCUUACAUUUAGAGAAAAAAGAGGAACACCUGGAAAGAAAAUUAUCUGUCAGUAGCAGAUCAUCUUCAGAGCAUAGCUUACAUUUAGAAAAAAAAGAGGAACAUCUGGAAAAAAAAUUAUCUGUUAGUAGCAGAUCAUCUUCAGAGCAUAGCUUACAUUUAGAGAAAAAAGAGGAACACCUGGAAAGAAAAUUAUCUGUUAGUAGCAGAUCUUCUUCAGAGCAUAGCUUACAUUUAGAGAAAAAAGAGGAACACCUGGAAAGAAAAUUAUCUGUUAGUAGCAGAUCAUCUUCAGAACAUAGCUUACAUUUAGAGAAAAAAGAGGAACACCUGGAAAGAAAAUUAUCUGUUAGUAGCAGAUCAUCUUCAGAACAUAGCUUACAUUUAGAGAAAAAAGAGGAACACCAGGAAAGAAAAUUAUCUGUUAGUAGCAGAUCAUCUUCAGAACAUAGCUUGCAUUUAGAGAAAAAAGAGGAACACGUGGAAAGAAAAUUAUCUGUUAGUAGCAGAUCAUCUUCAGAGCAUAGCUUGCAGGAACAUCUAGAACUUGCAAAGAAAUUAUCUUCAGGCAGUAGAUCUUCAUCAGACCAAAAACUACAUGUCGGACAUGCACAAGAGCCUGAGAGAAAGCUAUUUUCGAGUAGCAGAUCAUCUUCAGAAAGUAGCUUGCAUCAAAAACAUACAGACGGACAUUGGGAACAACAGAGAAAGUUGUUUAUAAGUAGCAGUUCCACAUCAGAACAAAGCCUGCACUUAGCACAUAAGCAAGAACAUUUAGAACAAGAACGAAAAUUAUCUGUCAGCAGCAGAUCUUCUUCAGAGCCGAACAUGCACCAAGAACAACAGUUGCAUAAAGCUCUAUCAACAAGCAGCAGCUCCUCAUCAGAGGAAAGUCUGAAAGGUAUCUCAAAGUCUGACGACUCUGUGUAUACUAGCAUCAUGUACGCUUUUUCAGAACAGGGAAUAAAAUCACCGCUGCAAGCCACCAAGACACACGACUCAAUGCCUCAUCUCAAUUCCGAUCACUCGUUCCAGGAGACGGCCACAGGACUCCACGCUUACAAAUCGGACAGUAAUAUUCUCUCUUCGUCCACGGGGCAUGGUUCCAAGCUUUCCGGCGGGUUUGACUUUUUGUCAGCCAGCAGGGAAAUCAUGAAACAAAUCACCAGCAGAGGGAGCAGCCGAAACAGUUCCUUCCGCAAGACCAACGCAACAGAGGAUAUCAAACCUGAGACUGAUCUGGACAUGAGGAUCAAAGAAAGAAUGGAUUUGUCUCCAAAAGUUCUAAAUGAAGGUAUCGCGACACGUACAACAAGCGAAAUCGAGUCUGGGGAUACCCAUGGACAGAGCCACUCACUAGAUCUCCAUGUCAACAUAGACCCCAGACAAGAUUCGCACACAUCACUCAUCCCUCCACCAAAUCCACACGCUGUUGACACACACGACACAGGUAAGGAUGUCUCCGAGGUAAUCUUAGAUUUACCUGUUAAUCACCUGGCCUCGAAAGCUAUUUUCGGUGAACAGCACGCGGGAGGAGAAGUGGGCAGACACCUAGAGUGGGACACUCAUUUACAUAAGAAAGAGAAUGAGCAAAAGGAAGACCACGCUUAUGAAAUGAAAAAGGGGGCUGACAUUGAGAGAAAUUGGGAUCAAAGCGCGAGCGAGUUCAUUCAAGCGAAACCGUCUGUUUCCGAUUCAGUGACGGCGCGAUCGAACAUUGUCCUAAACAACACACAACAUAUAGACCUAAGUAUCAGAGAGCUACGGGACAACACGCUGUAUGAAAAUGAGAAUGAACACAAACCUACACAUUUGGACGUUGAGCGAGAAGAGACAAGUGGAUUUGCUUUGAAGCCAGAAAUCGCGCUAUCGGAUUUGUUUUCACAGCUGAAGGGGCGCAAUUCUCCAAGUUCUCGAUCAAGAAGCUCGUCUUCGAGCUCUUCUUCCAAGUCUUCCAAGUCUGAGACUCAUGUUGACGAUUCGAAUGACCCUGUUGGGAUUCAACUGGACAUGAUUGAUAAACAGGGGGGAUCGAUUCCCUCUCACGAAUCACUCCUUGAUUCGCCGCACUCGGGCAAAGAAGAGGACACCAUGUCUUCGGAAAGAAAGGCCGUCCACGCCGCUGAGACCACACCGGAUGACGCCAUCGCUCAUUUUUCUUCCGUGCUCGACUUUCACGAGGACAGCAGCAGCAGCAGCAGCGAUGAAAGCGAAGAGGGGAAGGAGGGCCAGCACGACACCCCCCUCGAACGAAACACGCCACAUGCGGUGGAGGGGCCCUCGACACAUGUCUCCAAUGUUACCCCCUCUCACGAGGAUGGUCUACAUGAGCAAACAGGUGAGACGGGUUUGUUUGCUCACAGAGUCGUCAGUGUUGACGAGCCGCGGGGGCGGGGAGAUGAAAGGGCUGGUGAGGUCACCGAGACCGAAGUGGCCAGGAACUUAAGACAAGAAGUGGCUCUAUCUUCAGCCUCUAAGCCCGAACCAUGGUACUUUUCAUCCACCAGUUAUGUAUUCGAGACGAACAAGGAGCACCCAGACGAAAAUAAGUUAAUCGAUAAUCAAUCAAACGACUUCUUAUCUAUUUUGGAUGACAUUCAGAUCGAUAAGGAUUUAUCUUUCAAUUCACACAAUCAGGAAACUAAUAGUGCUGUGUUUUCAAAGGAAAAUCAAAUAAAAUCCGAUUCGAAAAGUGAUAGUAAGGAUAGCAGUGACAGUGUCACUAAGGAUAGUAGUGACAGUGACAGUAAGGAUAGUAGUGACAGUGAAAGUAAGGAUAGUAGUGACAGUGACGAUUCGGAUAUUAAUCAGAAGCCAAUUUCCCAGAAAUAUGUAGUCAAUGAACACACCGUGAAUGAUCACGUCAUUGCAGAUUCACAACCGCAGCAAAUAUCUCUGAAGAAGGUAAUUUCAAAUUUCGAAGUAAGAAGCGUGGCUAGUUCUGACUCAGAGCCGAAAUUGUCUCACACCACUGACCGCGAGCCAUUUAAUUUGAGGCAGCGAAAAAGUGAUCUCGACGAGGCAAUCAGGCAGCAGCAUUUUCGCAUUUCCGCACACGUCGGCGAUCACGACAGAUCGUCGCGGGAUAACAGCGACGAGGCGCGCAGUGUACGUGGCAGUGUGAGCAGCUUGAAGAGUGACGCCCCUGCCAAAGAGACUGUUUUCAACAGCAGCUUCUUUAAGGAAAUCCCACUAGCGACAAAGAAGCUUGAUCAUUCCAAACCUUCCACCCCAACAUCAGUUAUCGACUCAGGACCUGUCCUGUGGUCAUCUCAUGAGCAGGUAACAUCAUUUUUGAGCCAAACAGAGAAGAAAAAAUCAAAGUCUUCUUCGUCAUCAUCUUCAUCGUCUUCUAAAAACCACCCUCUGAUUAAAAACGUAAAAGAGGAAGCCAAAAGGAUAAGCUCGUCGUCAUCGUCCACCCCCUCAUCGCCUAAAAAGCAAGGACCAACACAAGGGAAAGAGCGCGAAAUCCUCUCUGAUCUCACGUCGCAGAACAACGUUAGCUCAGCAGAUGACAAGGACCACGUGACCCCUGCUCGUGCGAGCAUUUUCAGGCACAGGUCUUUAACACGCAGCAGAUCAUCUUCCCGAUCGUCAGACAAAGACAGAACCUCUAAAGCCAUCGAUGAAAGCGAGCUCCUGACGAAAGACAGAUUCAAAGCACUGAGACAAAGUUUUGAGAGAAAAGCCCAACAAGAUCAAAACUCAGAAAUCUCCACCAGCUUCCGGGUCAACAACAACACUAGUAAUUCAAAAGAACACAAACCCAUUAUACGUGGAAACAGCUGGUCCAAAACUGAGGCCAUCCGUGAGCCGGGCAACAAACUAACUGGACAGGUGAGUAACGAACCACGCCCCCAGCAAAAGCUCCUCCCUGACCUGUUCAAAGGAUACACUGGAGGUAAAACAAGUUUCCCUAAUUACUUCUCGGGCGACGUUGAAAAUAGCCUAACUGACCCUUACCAUUUAAAUGCCAAGCCAGACAAACACAAACAGGAUUACAACAAGAGUGAGGAAAGUGAUUCAGACAGCGACACAUCAGCUUCUUCAAAAGACGAUUCAAAGGAUAAUAUAAAGAGAAAAUUAAGCGGACAGCGAAAUAAGCAAAUUCGCUACUCGUAUGACUUGCAGACAGGAGAAGCCAGGCGUGAGUCGCUGUCGAAAAAGGUCAGUAAUAAAAGUAACACUUCCAACAGUCAGUUUGAAGACGUUUUCUUGCAGCCCCGUGAUGACGACUCGUCCUCAUCCUCGGAGAGUGAUACCAAACUGUCAGUGAAGAACGCCAGAAAUCAAGCACAAAAACAUUCUUAUAAAGAAAGUUCCAGCAGCAGUUCCAGCGACGACGAAAACCCAAUGACUGCCAUCGUUGGGGAAGUAUCCUCAUUUGGGAUACGCAAGAGAGUGACCACUCAUGAGGAGACCACUCUUUCACAACCACAAGAUGACCACUUGACCGAUGGUCAUUCUGAACCAAACAGCGCUGAUAUUUAUCUUAUCCAAGACGGCAAAGGAGAUUACUACGCCCUGCAAGAGGUCGAGGAAAAUGAAGGAAAAUCGGAAGAAACAAAUGUAAAGGCUCACAUAAUAAGCACGAAUGGUAUGACCAAUGGCUACUCACUGGACACACACGAGUCAAACUUGACUGUAGACAGCUCGGACGUUGAUGACGACAAAGCGAGGGAAGUAAUAGACGCGUUUCUAGACUCACAGGCGUUUUUCUCCAAGCGUCAAGAUAAAUCGUUGCAUACAUCAAGUGCACUGAACCAAGACAUCUCUCAAGCAGCGACUUACCACAACGGGGGUGACGCUGGAUGGGGGCGGCACGCGAGCGAGAGAGACACAGAACGUCGCACGACGACUUGGCACGAAGCGCCAUCCGAGGAAGUUUUGUCACGUCCGGGUCCCAGCACUGUUGUGCAUCAGUCGGGCUUCGACGAGGGCAGACACAACAGUUCGCGCAUGUCAGGGGAUUACACUGCCACCAGCAUUCACGCUCACGACGACGUGGGGUCGCCGAGCCAGCUGUACCAACUCAACUCGGCUUACAGCUCGCCGCACAACACAUUGCAGCAGAUCUCACACUUGAGUGACCAGUCCAUCCCGAGUGGCUACGUCCUACUGUCACCCACCUCGGCCUCGCUUCAGCAACCGUCUCUGAUGGUCAACUUCAACCAAGGUCACUAUGGUGUCAGCCCUUACGCCACCACUCCGAUAACAGUCACAACUACCACACAGGCUGUGGUGGGGGAGAAAGUAGAUAUGAAAAUUGACUUCUCUCCUCCACUUCGCACGUCAGAAGAACGACCGAUGGCACCCCCUGAGACCAUCAGCUCACCACAUUCAGAACAUGACAUCACGGGCACAAAUUACGUCAUCAGGACUGUCCCCAAUAAAAGUUCACUGAAAAAAACGUCACAGUUCGACAACGACGUCCUUUACACCAAAUCGGACACUCUGACCGCUGACGUCCGUCUGGGAGGUCAGAAUCGUGAAAUAUUACUGAAACCGUACGAAGAAGCGCCUCUGACUUACAGCACAAACGAAACCUAUGCACCAACCUUACUCGGCGGCACCAUGUAUCAGGUGAAAACACGUCCCAGCAGCCACUCUCCGUCACAUGACAAUUAUGUGACGUCAGAUAGCCACGCUCGGCCCCUUCGUGACAGUUAUUACAAAAGCGACCCCAUGGAAGCCUCGGACUUGUACCGAGUACGUAACUUAUCCACGAGUGUCCCCGACACUCUCCACCACGUGACGGAAAACACGAGGGGACGACAGGCCAACAGAGCGCCUGGCUUUAAUGACACUGACAGCUCUUACAGGAUAAUUGGAGGUAGCGGCCAAAAACACCACAGUCCAGACAGGUUUUUCAAAAACGCAAAGCUGUCUCUCAGAAAGGACGAGUACGCGGCACCCAGAACUCACUCAUUCGAUGACGAUACAUUGGACGAGAAAAAGUAUCGAACUGUAACCAAGGUCUACGUUAACGGAGAUAACACCAGGUCACGGUCGCCUAGCCCACAACACACACAAUACAAAGUAUCGACUCUGCAAAGUCAGGAAUCGUUCAACAAAAAAGUUGCUUCGAAUACGAACACGCAACAGAGUCUGUAUGUUGUGAACACGAAAGCAUCGAAGACACACAAGGGAUCGGAAUCGGAUUCAGAUUCUGACUCUCAAUUCAAAAAGAGCCAGAAGCGUUAUAGGGUGCUGGGCACAUCGGACAGUGCCUUGAACUUUAUAGGAAACAAAACAUUUUCCACGCCGUCUCACACUGGCUACCACAACAGGAGCUUUGACGAGGCUAAUAUAGUGACCACAAAGACUAUUCUACCUUCACGUCUGCAGAGUGUGCCACCGGUGACCAACACGCACAGGACCAUCAUACAGCUGGAGGUGGACCGCGAUAAGAAAAUCAGGGAGACUCAGAAAGUCGAGGCGGACUUCGUCGAUUCCCGUUACGUUGUAAAACAGCCGAAAUCCGACGACGAUCCUCACUCAAAGACACUAUACAAAGUGACAAACACUUCCGGUCCAGCUGAAUAUGCGCUUUGGAGGACGGGGAGAGCACGCAGCAUGGAUUCCUUGAACAAUCUCCCUGGAGACGCUUCCAGGUUGAGAACCUUCGAACAGACGGACGGUAAUAGGCUUUACGUGGUGAAUAGCUCUGUAAGUGACCCCAGGGGCUGGUACAAGUCCACAAUCGACAUUAAUGAGAACCACCCUGAGCAGAAGAAUCACAACACCUCCCUGGAGGGCGCCUACCACCCUAGACCCGACAACUACGUCACGGAAAAGACUGUUUAUUAUGUCAAGGAGAAAACGCCCUCAAGCAGAUCUCCUUACAGAUCGUAUUCUACAGAAUUUGUCUCCCCUGACUCUGGGCAGGGCACUGAAGUUGCCAGCUCCGACGGCGAAAAUGAAUCCCGACACAAAUUCGAACGCGUGGAGAGAAUCUACGAGGUCAAGUCAGAGCCCGAGGUCCCUGAUCAUCUAAAGUCCACGGAGAGUCUAAGCAACGACCUCCGCGUUCUGAGGGGCAAGAUCCUCAUCCAGAAUCGACUGGACGGAUCCGAACACACGGACGAUGACUUUGACGAGAAUGCGAACUUGUUUGACACCAGCUUCCAUCUGGGCAAAGACAAUCCCUUGUAUUCCAGUGACCCUGACCUCAGGGCUAGCCUGGAGAGGGAGGAGCAGGCGGAAAUCUCACGGCAGCUCAACCACGACAUCACUUUCGAAACAGUGGAUAAAAUUGCUCACAAAUUUAAAGGCGCCUCGGGUCAGGUUGAGCUCAGCCCCAAGCCUAAACGAAAACAAAAUAUCAGCGCCCUACUCUUGUCUAAACUGGCCAACAUUGACAGCAAGGACAUCAGGCAAACUAUAGAUGUGGAGCAUCACAACGAAGAAAUCUUCGGGGACAUUGAUUUCAUCCAUGCUGAUGGUCAACGCAGUGGUUCCAGGAACACAGCCAAUUUUGACAGCGUGAAUGAAAAAGUGGAGCUAACUCUGACUCAAGGAAAAGCAUUUGUUAUCAUUAAGGUCAUUGCUGAGAGAAUAGUUCCAACAGAUUAUGAGUUCAAUGUUUGGAGAAAGUCACAAGCCAUUGUUACCCGACAAAUAGAGAUUGAUCUUCUAGCUAAUGAACAAAGGCGUAGACUUUAUCAGCAUGUCAUGGACCGUGCUGGUCAUUCAGGUUACCUUGAGGAAGGUGGGUCAAGGCCAGGUGCCAGUGCUGGAACCUUCUCUACUCAAGAGAGACAACUCAGCAGCAUGGAAACUCUGAAACUGUUUUCUCAAAUCCUGGAUGUGGCAGAUGGUCAAGGGGACAGAGAGCACACAGACCUCAAAACCAAGCAAGAAAUGGGUCAGCUUCCAGAAUCUGAUUUGCUGUACUGAAGGCCAAGCUUUUAAGAAAAAUUUUUUAGUACUGAGAUAAUACUGUUGCUUCCUCAGACCUUGUUGAUUAUAUGGUCUAUCUCUGUAACAUUUUUAUGUGAACCAUAAGAAUAUGUUCCAUUUGUUCUGUUAAUAUUAAAUAAUCAAGUGGACAUCAUGUCCAACUGGACAUUGUUUUCAACAGCAUUAAGACCUUUAAAAUGAUGGAAAUGCAAUAGCUUUUUACCUGCUGAAUGCUAGUAUAAGCUAAUAAACAAAUGUUUUAUUCACUACAAAUCGUGCUAAUGCAACAUAAUGUAUGCUGUAAAACCUAUAAAAAGAGUGAUCAAGCUGUACACCCAUUCUAAAAUGAAAAAAUAGAAGGAUUUUUUUUACCAUGAAAUAACUUCUAUUUUAGGUUUCGGAAGGACUACCAGGAGAGUCAUUGAAAGUUUUAUAGGAUUUUAAGCAUUUUGAAAUGGAGGUUAAAAUGAAUGGAGGUAUACAAGAAACAGAUUUACUUGCAUAUAUCUUUCUCCAAAAUGAUUGGAAAUUACAUUAUAGAUGUUAAUAAAUUAUCAAGGUAUAAUAACACAUUUAUUAUUGUAUGAUUUGUAUUUAUUUAAAUGGAAAUGCUAUUUAUUAUGGUUUUGUGAUAACAAAAAAUAUGUGUAGUCCAGUGUGCCUCAAACCUGCUACACUGAGAUAUGAUGUAUUGCAAACAAAAGUUUGUCUUGUAUUGUUGUAUACAAGCUUAUUGUAAUCAGCCUUCAUCAUACACAUCAAUAACAUUUCACAAAAUGCUUCAAACUAGAUAUUGUAGCAUUAUAUACACUUUCAAACAUUUUAUCACUACUGUAUACCAAUAUUAGUAACUUAUACUAAAUAAUAUAGACCAAUACAUAUUUAAUUGUUUUUAUUUCUAAAGCAGUGUUAAAUUGAUGUUAAAUAAAACCAAUGUAAUGAAGAAAAAUUUUCAAUUGAAGCCUUUGAAUAUUGAUCUUUAUGGAAAUACAAUAUAGUCGGCACAUUAACAAAUGUGAUAAUGAAGUUUGUUUGAAAUGUUAAAUUUCAGUACCUUAAAUAUGUUGUAUAAAGAUAUAUAUAAUGCUAUUUUGUGACUACGUGUUAUCCCCCACCCCUCUUGUUUUCUCGUGGACUGUCCGCAGAAAUAAGAGAGUGAUCUUUCCUUUACUUCUUCUCAUUUAAACUGUUGAGGGAAGAAGAGAAUUAUAUAUAUAGAUUAUAUUGUAAUUAAAUCUAAAUGAGUUAUUUUUUUACUUUUGAUCAUUAUUUUUAAUUUCCAUUAAUUAUUAUUGCUGUAAUGAAAUAAAACAUUAAAAAGAUGAAACGGGAAAAAUGAUUGAGAAUAAUCUCAGUUGUUAACUGCCAGAAAGUUGUUCAUGUCUAUGCAACAUUGAAUGUACAUAAUAAAUCUCAUGUUAAUCUGGAUAUGUGAAAUGUAAUUUUAUUUUAUCAUAGAAAUAGUUACGUUUUGCUGAAAUUGAAUUAAAGAUUUCCUGUUCAGUUCAUGUGUAUAUAUUUAUAUAUUUAUGCUUAAUUUGCUAGAUUUUAAUUGUAUUUAAAUAUAAUCAAAGCUACAUCGAAUUUGAAAAAAUAAAUUGAUGUCAAAUGAUCAUUGAUGUUUUAUAGUGCUAGACUGUACUGAAGGAAAUCUUUUCCUGUUACUAAAUUUAAUUGAGUACUAGUGAAUGAUUUCAAAUAUUUUAAAGUUAAUUUUGUUUUUAUGGUUGUAGAAUCAAUGCCAAUUAUAUAUAUAUAUAUAUAUAUUCUUAAUGACAAUGUUUUGUUUAGAAUAGCAUACUAUAUAGGUGCUCUAAGCAGUAAGUGUUUAAGCUGCUAAUGAAAGCUUCUUUUGCUUGUGUACAAUAUAUAUAGCUAAAUAAUUGCAGUGUAUGUGUUAAAUGGACUUCUAAUUCUGAUACUUAUGUAAUCUAAGAUUGUAUUAUAGUUUCUGUUGACAGUUUUCUGAAUGUCAUGUUGAUACUCUGAGCCAGUAAGGUUUUUCAAUGUAUUUUGAAGCAAGAUGAUUUCCUUGUAGCCUGAAUAGCUUAUUAACUAAUUAAUAAAGAGAUGGUAAAAUCUGUAUGACUUUACAAAAAAAGAAAUGAGCUUUGACAACACUCCAAAAUCCAUUCAGCUCAAAUGGCUUAGUAAAGUGCAAAUAUUUGGUAGUUGUGUGGAUAGGUUACAAGAUCCACUGCUGGCCAAAUGACCACAGAAACAGACUAACCUUGAACCAGGACCAUUAAUUUUACUUUUACUCUUUUGCAAUUUCAGAAACAUUUUUAUUAACUUGUUUUUAUAAACUGUCUUUCAUUACUUCUUUCAUUUUGUCUAUUACUAUUCUCCAACUAAAAGUAAUUUUCUUAAAUUUGUCCCAUGUUUUGUUUACCUUUUAAAAAUGUUAGUAAAAGUUUCCUUUAUAAUCUAAUUAAAAAGAAUACGAAAUUAGGCCUGUUUCUCUUGAAAGAAUACCAGUUACACUCAUUGCAAAGUCAUAAAGUUUUAAUUUGUGUUACCCACAAACAUGUUCAAUUAAAUAUUUCUUCUAUACAAUGAACAAAGAAGACAUAAUAUUGUAUGAACUAAUUAUGAAAAAAGUUCUAAAGUAGUUACUUUUGUGUUAUACAACAUCCCAUUUGCAUGUUUAAGGAAUUUUUGUUUAAAUACAUGCCAACUCUAAAAUCUCUUAACAAAAACUUUCUGAUACUAUUUAUUUAUUUGUUGUAUUUUUGUUCAUGUUUUCUGUUCUUUUUUGAUACACAUAUUAAACCACAUUCCCUUAUAAUCAAAAACAACAUGCUUAUAUUUUUGUUAUUACAUAUGACUAUAGAUAAUAUUAACAUUAACUAAUGCAAGGUAUACAGACAUUUAGACUUAUUUAACUGUAUGUAUUUCUUUGUUAGAGCAGCAACGUAAUCAGUCAUUUAAGGAAUAUAGUUAUUACAAAAAAAAUGGAACAAAUAUGUAAUUAUUCAAUUAUUAAAAAAAAGAAUACUAAUACACUAUGAUUUUGAAUGUUUUAUUGUUUUAAUAUGUACUUAAACUUUUAAAGAAAUUUUUGUUAUUUGUUAUAAUUAAUUAUUAAUUCAGGAUUUAGACAAAGAUAUCAACCUGUUUAGAAAUAUGCAUAAAUGUGUUGGAUUAUGAGAAGUUUAAGGCUGCAAUUAUUUUUGCUACUACACUGAAAUAAAGAUUUUGUUUUUACUCAUAA